GAUUUGGCAGUCUUGAGGAGCUUCUGGCAGUGUGCAUCGUUUUCCUACACGGCUCCCGCCUGGCGAACCAGUACCAGUACCGUGAAUUCUUGAUUGAUUAGGUUUUAGGCUUCUAGCUUCUGGGGUGUUUUCCCUUUUGGGUUUCUGUAACGAAUUUACCAAUUUGGUGCGUCCGUCUCUUUGGAUGGCCAUGUGAUAUAACGCCCACUUGCAUUUGCGGCGGGGCUGGCUACAUAGUUCAUACCGCCUUCAGAAUCUUUCUUCUCAGCUUCAUCUGGGUUUUAUACUUUUAUUCUACAGUCCUUGCUUGCAUACUCUCCGUUCCGAACGGGUUUAAUACUUCGAUGGCUGCAUUUCUUAUUUCAGGUAAUUUAGGAUGUGUUUCAAAUGCUAGACUGUCCAGCUUCUACAUGGACUUUGGUAGAACCAGAUCUGCUAGUAUGCAAACAUCCUAUGCAAUUAGAAGUUGGGGGAGGCAGAAACAACCACAAUAUGCAGGUUUUAUAUCAACAAAGCAAAAGAAGCCAUUAUCUGUAAGCUGCAGCUCAUCUUCUGAAGUUGAAACUGCUGCAGAUUUAGAUAGUUUGCAAGAGAAGAAAUCCAAUGGGAUAACACGCCAAAUCAUCCCAAAUUCAACUGAGGUGCAAGCUUUGCUCACAGAAAUCUGUGAUACCACUUACAUUGCAGAAUUUGAGUUGAAACUUGCUGGUUUUCGGCUAUAUGUGACAAGGGACGUGGCUGGAAAAAGUGCACCUCCACCUCCUCCAAGCUCUUUACCUGCCAAUGUUAGUACGACCUCAGAUGCUCCUGCUUUAAAUGGGUCAGUUUCUACACCCUCGCUAGCCAUAGCCAAAGCAGUUCCUUCUUCAGGAGAAAUUCAGAGAAUGCUCAAUAAGGAUACAGAUGAAAGCCUGGUGAUACUACAGUCCCCAAAGGUUGGAUAUUUUAGGAGAUCUAGAACAAUCAAAGGGAAGCGUGCACCUCCAUCCUGUCAAGAGAAACAAGUAGUGAAGGAAGGCCAAGUACUUUGCUUUAUUGAACAGCUUGGUGGCCAGAUCCCGAUUGAGUCUGAUGUUUCUGGGGAAGUUAUAAAGAUACUGAGAGACGAUGGUGAGCCUGUUGGAUAUGGUGAUGCUCUUAUUGCCAUUCUCCCCUCUUUUCCUGGAAUCAAGAAACUUCAGUAGGCAAUUUGGAUCGAGAAAACAGCUUCUAUUAACACAUUGUUAUGUUAUUGAGACUUCUAUAUGCAUCAUUUAUACAGACUAUUUAUUCGAUUUAUUUGUUUUAUUUAUCAUGUUUUGCUUGGAGUUGGAACCUACAUUACUUGUCAUGUGACAAAUGUCAUGACAACUAGGAUUGAUGAACAAAUAAGAAUUGUUAAUGGCACGAGCUCUCAUUACUGCA